AUGAAUGCAGAAGACGCAAUCAUUGCUAAGAAGAGGAAGAGGUCUGAGAAAGUAGACGCAAAUCCCGGUUGCCACCUAGAGCAGGGCCCUCGUCCAAAGAAGGGACGGACGGAAGACAGGAAAGACCGAGACUUUAAGAAGCCAGGCUCUUCAGCACGGAACCAGCAGUAUACCUCUUUGAACGUCCCACUUAAGCAGGUCCUAAUGCAGAUCAAGGAUGAUCAUUCCUUGAAGUGGCCGGAGAAAAUGAGGGGAGAUCCCAGUAAACGCAACCGGAACAAGUAUUGUCGCUUCCACAUGGAUCAUGGUCACGAUACGGACGAGUGUUUCGAUUUAAAGCAGCAAAUCGAAAAUCUCAUAAGGCAAGGGAAGCUGAAGAAUUUCCUUGGACGAGAUAACAGGGACGAGAAAAUGAAAGGAAAAAUGGAAGAAUCAUCACGGCCAUCACUCGGAGAAAUAAGAGUCAUUAUAGGGGGAAGUUCGACAGGCCAGUCAUCCAAGUCCAAGAAAGCAUACUUGAAGGUAGUGCAGAGUGUCCAGCUUUCUGGACGAUCACCGAGAGCAAGGACCACGGACGAAGCAGCGAUCACCUUCACAGACAAAGACGCUGAGAGAAUUCAUCACCCCCAUGAUGAUGUUCUCGUCAUCACUUUACUAAUUGCUGACUACACAACUAGAAGGGUGCUUGUAGACAACAGAAGCUCGGCAGACAUUUUGUAUUAUCCAGCUUUUCAACAAAUGAGGCUAGGACGAGACCGGCUCCGUCCAGUGAACUCCCCCCUAGUAGGUUUUGGUGGCAUGAAGGUACAACCCAUGGGUACUAUUUCCUUAUCAGUGGUAGUGGGGACAUACCCAUGA